UAUUAUGACAGCAUAUAGCAGCCACGGAUGAUGAAUGCGCACGCGUUAAUUGUACGUGUACUGCUUAGCCAAUUCGUCCGGGAUCUUUCAGCGGAAAAAGCUCCACUAAGUUUGUCUGCCGCUCCGCAUGAUAUUUCUGUUGUUUCUUUUACGGAAUGCGUGGGUUGGUAUAGUCGAAACAAUCAAUGUCGGCCGCUGUAAGCUAGCUAUAUUUAAUAUUCCUCCUGAACACACUUAAAUUCUAGUCACUGCUAUACACGCGUUUAAUAUUUUAAGAAAUCAGUGGACUGUGAAUAUAGAGAACAAAUUAAGUGCGAUAUUGAAAUUAGAGAAUUGCUAAGAUACCAUAGUAGCAUGCACUAUAUUGUUAUUGUAUGUUGUAAAGCAAUAGAAACUCGGUUUAUAACAGCUUUAUUAUGUAUCUGGCAAAAAAGGGCUAGAAAUCGGCAGAGUGCAUGAAAAAAAAAAGAGAAUGUUUUGUUUGUCGGGUCUAGCUACCUUGUUCUAAAAAAGUGACACAUUUACUAACCUGGUCUGUGAUAAACGUCACGAUAUGAUUCAAUAAAUUUGGAUUUAGCUUUGUUGCGCUACCCUCCAAAUUAACUGCCUUCCAAAAGGAAUCCUGUAGAGUUGUCAGCAAAUUGAAGGAAGUAAUCACUUAUACGACAAGAUCGUUGUACUUUUGCACAUGUUAACCUGGAAGUUUCGUGUAGCACUUUAUAAUGUUAUACUUUGAGUUAACACAACUUAUUGACCUAACAGAAACAUCUGCAAAAACUAGACAAAUCAAACUGUUAGUCUGCCCCCUAAACACCUUUAUUUAGUUACCUACACGGCAAUGAUUUUCACAAAAAUGUCGACCGUGAGCAGCAGAUGAUGCCUUGGUGACAAAACCCGCAUGCUUCGUUGUUCUCUUAGAGCACGUGGUAGUCAUAUUCUCACCAAUGUUAAAAUUGCUUACUUUGUUUAGGCAAGCUCUUAUUUCUUAUUGCCAUAGAGGUGCUUCUCGAGAACACACACUGACCUCGGUAAAGCGAGUACUAAUCAACCGUCUUGGACCAUUAAAUGUCGAUCAACGUGAUUGUCGACCUAGUAUAUGUCGCUUAGCUGUUGGGGAACGUUUUCAUAUUUCAUUUGGCCAGUAUUUAUGCAAGGUGAAGAAUAAAUAAAGCAGUAGAAAAUUCUAGGCCAUGUCUUUCGUAUCUGCUAGUUAAAGGGUUAAAUGCAUGUACUGAAGUUGCGAAUAUGGCAGCAAGUUGCCAUCAUGGCUGAUGCCCGCUACUCCUUUUCUCUUAGACAAACAGCAGAAAAAAAAAAGAAGGCGGGAUAAAAAAGAAAAAAAAAAAAGAUCAAGUAAAUAAGGCAGAAAAUUAAAACAGAACGCAAAAAAGUCGGGACGUGCAAAAGCAUAGUUGGCGUAAAGCGUCAUUUAGCAAACCGUAUGCCAUAACACCAUAUGUACAUAUAUCAAGUAAUGUCAGAUCAUAUCAAAAUUUGAAGUGCAGAAUUGAAGCACAGUUAUUUUACAGCAAUAGCUGUUACCUUCUCACUCCAGAUGUCCACCAGUGUUUUCCGCAGAAAUUGCAAGUGCUUUGUGAGUUUAUAAAAUAAAUGAAAAAAAAAGCGCAGUGCUCCGAGUGGAUUCGAAACCAAUUUCCGACAUAGCUUAAGUCGGAGGUUUCAGCUCUCAACCACUCGAGUAUUUUGUUUUUCUUACAUUACAUUUAUUGUAUCCAGUGUGACAUGGUGUGCGAGAACUGCAUAGACACUAGCAAGCACAUCACACAUAAAUUGUCUGAAGAGUACUUAUAAAGCACCAUGCAUUUCCAGACCAUGACAAUCUGUUAGGCGCGAACAUUUUGUGGUAGUUUUCUGUGUGGCAAGGUGCGCCCUUACUCAGCCGGUUCUACGAAAAAGAUAAGUAUUGCGCCUGCAUAGAGCUGUAACACCGCUGUUGCUGCUCUGAUUUGCUAACGCUACGGUCUGCAAGUUAGCUGUAAACCAGCACCGAUGCGAAAUAUCCUCAACGAAGGCAGCGGUAAAAUGCGAAAGGCAGGAUAUAAAAGAGGAAGUAGAAAUCGGCCUUGCUUUUAUACACUUCACCAUCUGCCAUUGCAGCUUCCAUAAUGAAUGAAGUUUUCUUCCCGACAAGAGAAAGACAGACCACCGAAAAGGUGGUGUGGUCAAAACAGGUUAGAGGACGUUUUGACUACCACACGAAAGCCUUGAUCACUCAUUUAUGAUUUUUUUUCUUGAAGUUAGGCGGCGAAGUCGAUUAUGUGAAGCUAAAUCUCAUUCUUUUGGCAAGCGUGCGUUUCUUUUUCAAGCAGGGACAACCAGACAUGGCUGUUCCUGCUGUUCCUGCACAUGGAACACAUAUUACACUCAUUUUUUGCAAGCUACUUUCUUGUAACUUGACUGGUAUACCAGACAAUUCAAGCUUCUUGGAUGGUUUUUUCAGAUCGAUAGGUUACCAUGAGGUCAUCUACAAAUACAGUAGAAAAUAUUUGGCUGCUGUCAUGAAACCCGAUUUUCGCCAAUUCAGUAUAUGGCAAAAUAAUAGCACUAAUUUUGCAUUUUACAGGGCUUACAUAAAGAUAUCAAUCUCAGAAGGGAAACAAAUUAUAUGCAAUGUUUUUGCAAGAACGCUCAGGAAUGUUGCCAUCUGUGAAAUGUCCGAGUUUUACACACAGACAUGGGCUACACUAGUAUGUGAUCACAAGCUGUGUGAAGAAUGCUUCAACUCGUGCAUAGAUUACAUCUGCCCAAAGGACCAUCGCAGGACUACAAAAGACCAGGCAAUAAGAGGGGAGUGCACUUCCGAAUUACAGUUUACGAUAUUUUACUGUCCAGGAUGUGGAUGCCAAAAGUGGCUCGAGAACAUCGUCGGACAUAUCAGGUCGGAGCACCCGGAAUUGCUGGAAAACGUUGAUGAACCACUGAGACAAUGUCAGCCGCCAACAGAAACCGAGGCUGGACCAGAAGAAAAACCGAAAAGUAUGGAUGAUGAUCAUCCACCUUACGGAAAGAGAGAAGUGAAUGCUUUCACCGGGACUGAUCCCUGUAAGAACGAUGGAAGGACAAGGCAACACGGCGGUGAACAACUCCAAGAAAUGGCGCCAUCAGCAAGACAUGCGAAUUUAGACGCACAAGGCGACACUGAAAUGAUUGCAGACGACGACUCGUCAGACUCCCUUCCAGGAGCUCUUGAUAAUGCAAAGCUAGAUCAUGAGAUCGGGACCUGCAGACACUGCAACACCCCGCUGGAAAAGAAAGACAUCGAAGAGCACGAAGCAAAGUGUCUGGACCUUUGUGUGGAGUGCCCGAACUGUAAAGAAAAGAUCUCAGCUAAAAAUUUCGUUCUUCACACGAGGACUCUGUGCCCGGCAAGAGAAAGAAAGACUGCAGAUAAAUUGAGCCUUCAAAUAAGAGUGGAGCUGGAAAAUGGCUAUCAAGUUCCGUGCAAGUUGGACGCAGGAAGCGCCAUAAAUCUUGUCCAAUGCGCAAACUGCGGCUUUUACGCCCUUAAAUGGACCAGACUAAGAUGCAAUGAUAGCCUGUGUGAAGAAUGCUUCAUGAAAUGCAAAGAGUACUUUUGUUCCUUCCACAAAGUCAUGACUACAAACUUGCAGGCAAGGUCAGGAAGAUGCGAGUAUGCGGUGUUGAAAGACGUCCUCAUCGAGUGCAUAUAUUGCUCAGAAUGGCAGGACGCAAAUACCAUUGCGAACCACAUUCAAAAGGAACAUCGGAGCUUUUUUGUAGAAGGAUCCAGUAGGAAGCCCAAUGCAGUGCAGAACCAGACAGAACUCUGCAACAGCAAGGUUCUCGAUGGUCACAUGCUCCCGAGUUCUAAUGGCAGGACUACGGAAUUACUGAAGCCGCGACAACCAAUGGCUCCUCAACGUGUCGGCGAUACUAAAACGGAGCCCGAGAAAACCUCCCGAGACCGUAUCAUGCAAUGCGAAAAUUACAAAAGAGCAGCGCCGGUGACUGAUUUCGAGUCACAGUGUUCAGAACUAUGUGAAGCGGAACAUCGCAACGAAAGCGUAGCAAAUCUAGGAGUAAAGCAAGAAGAGGAUGACCGGAGCGAAGACAAAAAGCUAGAUGAUGAUAUCCAAGAAGUCAAGGCCGCAAUAAGAGUGCUAGAACAGAGGCUUGAGAAGAUAGAAAAACCUCUGCGGAAGAUAAUUGCAAGACUGUCCAAAAACUAAUAGACUGGUUUCUUGUUUGAUAGAUAUAUACAUUUCAUGUUGUGGGAGUAAAGCUAAAAUUUUGAACAAUAUACUCAUUGAGUAAUUUUGUAUCAAGGAAUUGUGACAGUGAAAAAUACUACAAAAUGCAAAAAAUAAAAGAAAUUGUGACUCAAGCAUGUUUUCUGAAGUUUAAA